GGCUUCUUCUCGCGUCUGUUUCUUUCUCUCUCAGGCGCAGAGGCGGGACCCGCUCUGUGUGUUUUUUCGGCGGUUCCUGGGCUGUGUGGUUUUUUUCGGCGGUUCCCGCGCACAGCCCGCCUCCCCCCCCCCGCUCCCGGUUGGUACCGCCCCGCGCGGCGCAGGGAGGGCGCGUGUCCGAGGGUCGUGUCGCGCGGCCGGGGAGCGCGGCUGGAGCUUCACCUCGGCGCCAUCGCACCUCGCCGGGAGAGGGGCGCGGGCUGAGGCGCCGCCGAGGUCCCACCCGCGUCGCCCUUUAUCCCCCGCGUUUAUCCCUGUGGCUGGGGCUGGAGGCGCGCACCCUGCCCGCGGCGUCGCGCAGCGAGAGAAGAUGAGCCGAGAUUUCAAGCCCGGGGACCUGAUCUUCGCCAAGAUGAAGGGUUAUCCCCACUGGCCCGCCAGGGUGGAUGAAGUUCCUGAUGGAGCAGUAAAGCCUCCUACAAAUAAAAUGCCUAUUUUCUUUUUUGGCACCCAUGAGACGGCAUUUUUGGGACCAAAGGACAUAUUUCCUUACUCUGAAAAUAAAGAUAAAUAUGGCAAACCAAAUAAGAGAAAGGGAUUUAAUGAAGGGUUGUGGGAAAUCGACAACAAUCCUAAAGUGAAGUUCUCUCAUCAGCAGUCCCAUCCAGCCAUUAACACUCCUAUCAAAGAAACUGUUCAAGAAGGCAGACAGGAGCCUGCUGAGGGGAGUGAAGAAAAAGCAGGAGCCAAAAGAAGAAAGUCAUCUAUCCCAAAAUUAUCCCCCAAAGGGGAUAAUAACUUACCCACAGAAGCUGAAACAGAAGAAAAGGAGAUGGACACCUCAAAGGAAGAUGAUCUGACUUCUGAGAAAAACAGCAAAGAAGAUACGGUGAAAACAAAUGAGGUUUCUAUUCCUAAAGUUGCUAGAAGAGGAAGAAAAAGAAAGGCUGAAAAACAAGCAGAAGCUGAAGAAGCAGCAGCAGUGGCAACAGCAGCAGUGGCAGCAGCAGCUCCUGUACCAGUGUCUCCGAAAGUAAGCCCCAAAAGAGGAAGACCAGCAGCUUCUGAAGUAAAAGUUCCAAAACCAAGAGGGAGACCCAAGUUGGUGAAACCACCUUGUCCUUCAGAGAGUGACUGUGUUAAUGAGGAGGAAAAGGCAAAGAAAAAAGGAACAGAAGAAAAGCCUAAAAAGCAGGGGAAAAAAGAUGAGGAUAGUCAGAAGGAAGAGGAGAAAUCAAAGAAGGAAUUUGACAAAAAGGAAGGCAAGAAGGAGGCUGAACCAAAAAGGAAAAAUGCUGCAAAAGUGGGUUCUGCAUCAGCUUCUGAUUCUGAAGAUGAUGAAGAACAAGAAGGUGACAAGAAGAAAAAAGGGGGAAGAAACUUUCAAAUGGCUCAUAGAAGAAACAUUGUAAGAGGCCAACAUGACAGAGAAGUAACAGAAAGAAAGCGUAAGCAAGAGGAGCACGCAGAAUCUGAAUUGCAGAGUAAAGAAGAAGGCAAGAAAACAGAAGUUAAGAAGAUGGAGAAGAAGAGAGAAACAUCAAUGGAUUCUAGGCUUCAAAGGAUACAUGCAGAAAUUAAGAACUCCCUGAAAAUUGAUAAUCUUGAUGUGAACAGAUGUAUUGAGGCUCUUGAUGAGCUUGCAUCCCUUCAAGUCACAAUGCAACAAGCUCAGAAACAUACAGAGAUGAUUCUGACUCUAAAGAAGAUACGGAAGUUCAAAGUUAGCCAAGUUAUCAUGGAGAAAUCUACAAUGCUAUAUAACAAGUUCAAGACCAUGUUUCUGGUUGGGGAAGGAGAUUCUGUUCUUUCCCAAGUACUAAAUAAAUCACUUGCUGAGCAGAAGCAGCAUGAGGAAGCCAACAAAACCAAAGAACAGUGGAAGAAAGGAACAAACAAAAAAAUAGAGAAGGAAAAGGAUCAAACAAAUUCAAAGGUUCUGAAUGGAGGAUCUGAAGCUCAAGACAACAACCAGUCACAACACAAUGGAGAGAACACUGAAGAAAAAGAUAAGCAUGAAGCUGGCGUUAAGAAAAAGAUCUGUGGUGAAGAGAGAGAGCUUGAAAAGUCAGCAAAAGAUUCGGCCUUUGAAAGCAAAUGAUACCACUGGAGUCUUUUUUUUUAAUACAAAUUAAAGAGGAUUGUUAAGUUUUGCAUUUCAAAUCUAUAGACUGCUGAAAGUUUUAAAUAAUUUUAUAAGCAUAGUAUUUUAAAGUUAAAUUUUGUGGAGCAGAAGUCCUUUUAAUCUUGGUUUAAAGGUAUUUAAAACACUUUUGCCAAUAGUUUUGUCCAGUAUUAACACAUAAUGCAUUUCAAAAGAUGAGAAUUCCAGUUAGAAGACAAAUGCUUACAUGUUACAGGACUUAGAGUUGUAGUAUAUUUUUAUCUGACUACUGUAUGUUUGUCUAGUUAAUAGCAGGAAAAAGUGUAAAUACUUGUAACUGCCUAAUUGCUUCAGUUGCAGAAAUGAAGCAUCUCUUCCUACAAUACUGACUUGUUUGUGCAUAGUUUUUCAACUCUUGUUGGGAUGUCUUUUCACUGUGUUUUGUAGGAGUUGGAAGCAGCGUUUUUAUAGCUGUUAACAUUUUAACGUAUGAGUAUACCUAAUUACUUUUUUUAAACAAUUCUAGUUCUGUUCUUGCAAAACUUGUGCCAAUUUACUGCAAUGUGACUUCAUGGUAUGCUUUUGGUAUGAUAAGUAUACUAGAAAGAAAUCUGGUGUUUUCUCUUAACCUGUUCAUGCACACUGGUUGGAAAACACUGUUGAAAAACUUGUGAAAUAAAAGAACUUAAACUGA